AUGCCUCUUCAGUUAAUAUCUAUCUAUCUAUCUAUCUAUCUAUCUAUCUAUGCCUGUUCGCAUAUAUCUAUCUAUUUAUCUAUCUAUGGCUCUUCUUUAAUCUUUCAGUUCAUUGAUGUUUCUUUCUUUUAUUUGUUCAUUUUCUUUCUUUCUUUCUUUUUGCUUCUCCAUUCGCAAUCGUUUUUCUGUUUCUUUCUUUCUUUCCAUUUUAGUUUUCUUUCUUCGUUUCUUUCUUUCUUUCUUUCUCCAUUCGCAUUCGAUUUUCUGUCUAUUUCUUUCUUUUCAUUUUCUUUCUUUCUUUCUUUCUCCACUCGCAUUUGUUUUUCUGUUUAUUUAUUUAUUUUUCUUUCUUUCUUUCUUUCUUUCUUUUUUCUUCUCGAUUCGCAAAUUUCUUUCUUUCUUUCUUUCCUUUUUAAUUUUCUUUCUCCAUUCGCAUUCAUUUUUCUGUUUAUUUCUUUCUUUCUUUCCAUUUUAAUAUUCCCUUCUUUCUUUCUUUCUUUCUUUCCCCAUUCGCAUUCGUUAUUCUGUUUAUUUAAUUUUCUUUCCAUUUUAAUCUUUCUUUCUUUGUUUCUUUCUUUCUUUCUUAAUUUUUCGCCUCCUUAUUUUUUCUUAUUCGAUUAUUUAAUAUUUUAUACUUUCUUCUUUAAUCUUUAA